AUGCCUCCCUUCCUGAUCGGUUCUGAGUCAAAAACACCAGUCCCUUUCUCUGCAACCAAGCCUGGACAUUCAGAGCUCCUGGCGCAAAUUAGUUCAAGAGCUGCUCUGAUCGAUGUACCAAACAACAGCAACAGCGUUAUAGUAGAUCCCUCGCCCUCUCCAGAUACGCGUCUGGGUGAAAAUAACCAGCAAUUCGAGACGGCAUGGGAGAUUCUGACCUUUCACCUUGGCAGAUUCGCGCAGGAAAAGAUCAAGGCUGGGGUUGUACCUACAGAUGAGAUGUUCCAACAAGAAUCUCGUCGGUUGUGGUUCGACAGCGACGAUCCAUGGAAUCAGACGUUCGCUGACGACACCCAAUGGAUGGAGAUAUUUCGACAAGAACAUGGUCUACACGAUGGCAACACUCCUGAUGCUGCAUGA